UAAACACUUUUCCCAGAAGCACUUGUGCUUUGCAACCUCGCAAACUUUGGACCCGUAUUUGAGUGGAGUAGGGGUGCCACCAAAGCCUGAACCCCACAUCCCGCCCGCAAGCCCCACAUUGGUGUGAGAAGCUGGGGACAUCCACGCAGGGGAAGGCAAUUAACAAAUCCCACCCCAUAAGCGGCGGGCGAAGCUUUGCCUCCUCCCUCCCAGAGUACCCGGAAAAAAGGAUGGCUGAUACGGACACCUACCUGCGGCAGCCCUGGCGCACCGUGUAUGGCAUCCCCAUGGUCCAUGCCUUUGCCCUCAACUGGGAGCGGAUUGACACCUUCCAGACCCGCCCUGAGGACAUCGUGGUGGUCACCUUCCCCAAGUCUGGCACCACCUGGGUCAGCGAGAUCGUGGACAUGGUCCUGAAAGGCGGUGACCCAGAAAAAUGCAAGCAGGAUGACAUUGUGAACCGGGUGCCCAUGAUGGAGUUUGCUGCCCCUGGGAAGUUGCCAGCAGGCACAGAGCAGCUGGAGUCCAUGCCAUCCCCUCGAGUCAUCAAGACCCACAUCCCAGCUCACAUCUUGCCCAAAUCCUUCUGGGAAAACCGCUGCAAGAUGAUCUAUGUGGCGCGCAAUGCUAAGGACGUGGCUGUCUCCUACUACCACUUUGAUUUGAUGAACAAGUUCCACCCACACCCUGGCACAUGGGCCCAGUACCUGGAGGAGUUCAUGGCCGGCAGAGUGGCAUAUGGUUCCUGGUACAACCACGUCAAGGGCUACUGGGAACGCAGGAAGGAUCACCCCAUUCUCUACCUCUUCUACGAGGACUUGAAGGAGGACCUCCGCCGGGAGAUUGCCAAGGUGGCCCAGUUCCUGGGGCGGGAGCUGCCGGAGGCGGCGCUGGACACCAUCACCCGACACACGUCCUUCGAGGCCAUGCGGGACAACCCUGCCACCAACUACAGCAAGGUGCCCUCCGACCUCAUGGACCACGGCGUGUCCCCCUUCAUGCGCAAAGGCACCACGGGAGACUGGAAGAACCACUUCACCGUGGCCCAGAACGAGCGCUUUGACCAGGACUAUGCGCAGAAGAUGUCAGGCAGUGACCUGUGCUUCCGCACUCAGAUCUGAGGAGACACCGCCGGACGCCCCCCAAAUCCUCCCUGUGCUGUGAUGGCACUGCUGCCGUGCCAGAGGCUCCUUCCUGUCCUCUGGGACUGCUGGAGAGAAAUAAAAUGUGCUCCCUAA